CAACUGCGCUGUUUCAGACAAUUUCAACUUCCUCAUCCUUCCAUCAAAGAAACUCGAGAGCCUGUUCAGCAACAUACACGUUACCAUGAGCCGCAACCCUGCAUGCCGCAAAUCUCUGUCGCAAUCGCUACAGCCAGACCGAGUACAAAAGGGACCUUGCCUAUGGGACAAUUGUUUUGGCGCCUGAUCGCUACGAACGAAGAUGGAUUUCCAGCCAGCGCGUCGCAAGAUGAACACAUACGGCAAAGGGGCCAGGAGGGUGAUGGUCCACGAUCUAUUCGACCUCGGAGCAGUACCUGCAACCGAACCGACGAGACCGUCAACGAAGCCGACAACACUCCUCGAACAUACACAGAAUACAAGCAAGGCCAUAACUCGACCCGGUCUUGAAAUGGUGGAUCCGAUCACAGACACAUGCGGACCCAACUGUGUGACGGAAUCACAACAACUCAUAUCCACAAGCACCGCCAGUACGCCACAAUCACCCCCAAUGGAAGCCACCAAUCGAACCUUGUUCGAUGUCCAGUCUUCUGAAGAAGAGUCAACGAGGCCACAAUUGAAGCGACCGCUCAAAAAACGGAGAGUGACUCCGGUGCUAGACGAACCCAAGCCAAGUGUAUCCUUGAAAACUACUGAGCCGCAGAGAACAGUAAAGAGCAGAACAGGCCAACCUGUGAUGAAAAAGUCCUUAAAGAGUAUAGAUGCCCAAACGGAGACGGAGAAGCUGUCAGUUAAAUCUCGAGCCAAUAAACAAAGUGACCGCACGGCAAAAGUGAAAAGACAACCACUGAAAGCAACGACACCCGAUGAAGCGCACGGAAACGAGGCUCAGUUCAGGCCUAUGCUCAAGAGAAACAGCACUACGAGCCAGGCACAUACAAAGGCUCUUCAUGUCAGCAGUGGCUCUUCAGUCAUGCUAUCUGAAGAAUACGACCGGCACACCACACCCAAGAGAAAAAGAGGUUUGCUAAAGGACGAGAUCAGGGACUCCCCUAGUCCACCAGCAUUGCAGAUGACAUCCCUACGGUUGACCCCGGAUCUCAUUUCGCAAUUGGAAUUGUCUUCUUCUGAUGAAGAGAUGAUGGAAGUUAGUACUGUGAUAGGCACAUCAAGAGGAGGUCGAAAAAGGCUUAUUGACAGACUAGAUGCUCCUCAACCUCACAGUACGGACAAUGGGCCAUCGAAACCUUCACUUGGUCGAUCUGUCAGUGGUACCACCUCUCCGCGCGGACCUCUAGUCGAAGACCACAAACCAGCUGCCGCGCCAAACAUUGGACCACCACCUCGUCCACGUUCAACCUAUGCAAGACAGCGCUCCCACCUGAGUGAUAUGCUUGAUAGCCUCGACAAUUACUCAGGUGUCAACAGCCAAGCGUCGUCUCAGCAAAGCUUUUCUCAGCCUGUGUCCUUUGGUCUUGCCUCGCAGAUGGAGUUGGAGAUGGAAGAUAGUGACGAGGCUGACAACUUCAGUCAAUUAAAAAGUAUUCAUGAACUGCGGCGAGGAGCUGCAAUCAACAAGUAUGACCAGGACAUUGAAUCCAUUCUUGAAGACGUCGAGUCCCAGUCCAAGUCAUUGCGCAUUCUCGCCUUGCUGCUUCUGAUCGACAAAAUUAAGGAGCUCAGCUUCUUGCGGCAUUUUCAAGAGUCCGGUAGUUUCUACCGCUUCACGGAAUGUGCAAAAGGAGACUUGGACUUGGUUACUGCAGGGAUGAUGGUUGUAGUAUUGCACAAGGUCAUAUCUGCUAAGCAGUCUUCUCCGAAAAACCAACAGCAGAUCCUCAGUGCGCUUUAUCGUCUACCCAGAGAAUUGAGCCUGCAAAGAAGAUCACUGUCGAAACUUGCGAAAGACAGAGGUGAGAACCUGAGCAAAGUCUUGAUCAAGGACAUCAUCACUUUCGAGGAACAACAACUCGGAAAUAUGACCCAACAACCAAAUCUUGUUAGCCUCCUGUUCCUCAGCUCAAUCAAGGAUACCCUGCGAGAUCUGGUCAACAGUAGGGAACGAAUUCCUGACCUACCCCGCCCUUUACUCGACGCCUUUGUUCUAAGCUUCAAUCGUGAGCGGAAGCACAUGGCAGAGGAGAGUGACAGGGCGGAUCGGUUUGAUGGCGUCCAAGUCCUCCUGUCGUUGCUGGAAUUGGCCUGCGCGAAUCGCGACCUUGUGACUUCUACGCUUUCAAUGUCUUCUGUCAUCGAGGUUGGCAGCAGUAUAGCGGCGGUCCUGACCACUACCCGCCAGGCACAAGCAGAGAUUCAGCAUUCAUGCCUGCGCCUGCUCGUCAGUUUGAGUAACAACGAGCCAAGAGUAUGCGAAGCUCUGACAGAGGGAAAGCUGAUCGCGACCGUGUUCCAAGUCAUUGACGAUCAUUUCUUGAGGCUAGCGGCAAUGGCGUCUCAAGAACAGCAGUUCGAUAACGCCCAACUCGAAUCUGUGAUUCUUGCUGUUGGUUGUCUGCUGAAUGUUGCAGAAUGUGCGGAUGCGGCUAGAAGGAAGAUGCUGGGUCUGGAUUCGGACGGGGGACGGCUGGUUGACAAACUGGUCGACAUGUUCAACAGCCAUGUAGACCGGACAUCCGAGGCCUUGACCAUCGAUCAAACCCAGAUAUUGGUGGCUUUUGGGUAUAUUUCCGCGUUGCUGUGCACGCUGUGUCUCAACGCAGAUGCCCGGAGACGAAUAUCAGAAACCAUCAGAGGCGAAGGGCUUUCUCAACUUUUCGAGGCAACAGGUAUCUUCCUCGAUCAUCUGCGGACGGUUGAAAAGGCUCUUGGUGAUGAAGGAGAGGCUUCGUCAGGAUUUACCGGGCGCUUUACAAUGGUCUUAGACGCUCUCAGGGAGGAACUUGUGUAGAGAGUAUUCGCCAGUUGGCUUUUGAACGAAAUAGAUUGACGACCUUGGAUGGGGCGACAUAUGACUUGGAAACCGUCGAGAGUCGCACCAGACAGCAUUGUAUAUGACGAAGAUACCCAUGAACAUUUUCUGCAAGACACAUCCGGCUACCAUGAGUAUCAGUCGAU